AUGAGGUUCCCUUUCGCUCUCUUGGGUCUUUCGACUCAAGUUCCAGUUCAACUUCCUCUGACCACCCAUAAAGUCAUGUCCAACCCGACUCAGGAAUAUAAAUUCAAGGAGGCAGAGGAUAUCUUUUCUCCGAAAGAUCUGAUCCAACUAGGCCGUCCAGGAGCUGCAGUAGCGAACCAUGAAGCAGAUCUUGCGUUCGUUCCCUUCAGUCAAUUUUCCUUCGAAGACAACAAGAACAAGAAGUCUGUCUAUGUCGUCUCUCUUGACCUAUCUAAGCCGAAAUCCAUUCAAAUACCGUUAGAGAAGGGAGGAGACACUUUCUGGCUCUCGUCGCGUACACUCGCAAACGCAAUCGGAGGUGAUUUACAAACCGAGGUUUACGCGUACGACAUCUCCAUCGACGCGUCGGUCAGCGACAAUCAUGUCAAGGAGCCUGUGCUCAUCGGCACCAUUCCGAGCAAGACCGCAUCCAACUUCAAAUACAACUCGCAAACAGGAAAUCUCGUGUUCUCCGCCUACGUAUAUCCCGAUGGCAACUUGAGCACCGUUGCAGAACAGGAUAAAGCAUGGGAAGAGCGUGGAAACAGUGCCUAUGUUUACGACGAUACCUAUGUCAGACAUUGGGACGAGUGGCAGGGAAAGAAGGGGCCUCAGUUGUUCAGUGUUCAACUACAAAAAGGCGCGGACGGGGUUUGGUCCUUGAACGAUGACUUCAAGAGUCCUUUGCAGGGAACGAAACACUACAGCCCUGUUGAGCCAUUCGGUGGAACCGAUGAUUUCGACGUGUCAACUACCCAUAUUGUCUAUACCACGAAAGAUCCCAAACUCCCCGAGGCAUGGCACACUAAACAAGAUGUUUUCAUUGUGCCCAUUAGCGGUGGAGAGAAACCAACCGAGCUGACUUCUGGCAAGCAAGGUGCCACCCAUAGUCCCGUAUUUAACACUCAAGGUACAAAGGUUGCUUGGUUGGAGCUUGACAGGGAUGGCCACGAAUCAGACCGCCAUAAGAUUGUCAUCUACGACCUCGAAAAGCAAGUCCGUUUCACAAUUACACAAGAGUGGGACAGAUCUGCCAGUGCCCUUAGUUUCUCCAAAGACGAUGACUUCCUUUACUUCACUGCUGGAGAUGAAGCUAAAGUCAAGAUUUUUGCUAUUCCUGUACCCCCCACACCUUCGGAGUCUACAACUCAUCCCAAGCUCGACAAAUCUAUUACUCCCGUGGCCAUCACUCAUGCAAAAGCAGCGUCAGGUUUGCAGACCCUUCCUGGAGGAAAGGUUUUGUUCAGCCAGUCGUCGUUCACAUCCCCGAACGACGCCUACAUUGCAAGCGGUCUCAAGAGUUUCGAAACUGCCCUUUUGGCUGGCGAUAGAACAGCAGCCGAUACCGAGAUUAAAAUUCACAAAAUCACCGGCUUCACGGAGGAGGAUCUCAAGAACAAAAACCUUGACAAAGGCGAAGAAUUUUGGUUCAAGGGUGCUCUUGACAAGGAUGUCCAAGGAUGGGCAUUAAAACCCAAAGGAUGGCAAGCUGGUGAUAAGAAGAAGUGGCCCGGCCUUUUGCUUAUCCACGGAGGUCCGGAAAGUGCUUGGGAAGACCAAUGGUCGACUAGAUGGAAUCCAAACAUUUUUGCGCAGCAAGGAUACUUCGUGCUCAUGAUCAACCCAACUGGGAGUACAACUUUCGGUCAAGAAUUUACCGACGCCAUUGCUGGAGACUGGGGAGGGAAACCAUUUGUUGACUUGAUUAAGGGCUGGAACCACGCUCUGAAAACAUUCCCCGAGAUUGAUCCAGAUCGUGCUGUUGCUGCCGGUGCCAGUUGGGGUGGUUAUGCUAUCAACUGGAUUCAAAGCAAUCCAGAAUUCGGAUUUAACUUCAAGGCCCUUGUCUGCCACGAUGGUGUUUUCGAUGCGGCUUACAAUGGAUUUUCGACUGACGAGCUCUUCUUUUUCAAUCAUGAAUGGAAAGGCCGUCCUUGGGAUCCCGAAUCCAUUGCCCUAGCUAAGAAAUACAACCCAGCGAAUUUUGUCCACAAGUGGUCGACUCCUCAGCUUACGUUCCAUGGGAGCAAAGACUUCCGCAUUCCUGAGACCGAGGGUAUAGCUGCUUUUCACACCUUGCAACAGCUUGGGGUUCCUAGUCGAUUGGUCAUCUUCCCUGAUGAGAAUCAUUGGGUCUUAAAUCAUGGAAAUAGCCUGAAAUGGCACUACGAGGUCCUCAGGUGGUUUGACAAAUUUGUUGGAGACAACUGA